GGUAUCUUAAUAGAGGGUAAUGUCACUUUAAGACAUGUGAGACUUUAGAGAGGAAGGGUGUACUGAAACAGACUCCCGCUCCUUACAGGAGGUAUAGCAGCCCUGCUCUUACAUUUCGCUGCCUAACUCUGUCCUGAAUGCGCCGGAGUGGGGAUGGUCUGUUGGUGGCUAUAAACUGCUUCUCAUCGGGGGAAACUACAUUAGCUCACCAUCACUUCAAAGGUCUCGUCAGACAGAGGUGACGCCAGGAGAUGAUUUAAAGGUGAAAAUGACAAGGUUUCCACCCCUCAAACCCUGGUUCCUUUUCUGACAAUACAGUGAACGAACCCAACGUCUUCUUAACUGUGGAAAUAGGAUUGGAAGAGGAAAUCCUUUUUUUUCCUUUUUAAAUUCUUGAUAAAGAACUGCUGGGAAGCAUUCUCUUUGAAUAUCUCAGGAUUUGUGGCACAGAUGGAUUUUAAAAAGUAUUAGCUCUUUCCAAUGAACACUAGGAGAGUGCCUUGCUCUUGGCUGGAUUUUUCAGACCUUAAGGGACCUAUUUAUGAGCUUCUGGAAAGGGUCUUCAAUCCCACUCCCUGGCAUGACUUCUGCUGGAAAGAUCCUUCUAGCCUGCCAAAGAAUGGCAAUGGUCUCUGCGAUGUCCUGGGUCCUGUACUUGUGGAUAAGUGCUUGCGCCAUGCUACUCUGCCAUGGAUCCCUCCAGCAUACCUUCCAGCAGCACCACCUGCACAGACCAGAAGGAGGGACCUGUGAAGUGAUCGCAGCCCACAGGUGCUGUAACAAGAACCGCAUAGAGGAGCGAUCACAAACAGUGAAGUGUUCCUGCCUACCUGGGAAAGUGGCUGGAACAACAAGAAACCGACCUUCCUGUGUGGAUGCCUCCAUAGUGAUUGGGAAAUGGUGGUGUGAGAUGGAACCCUGCCUAGAAGGAGAAGAAUGUAAGACACUCCCUGACAAUUCUGGAUGGAUGUGUGCCACAGGCAACAAAAUUAAGACCACAAGAAUUCACCCAAGAACCUAACAGAAGCAUUCAUUUUAUAAAUAGGAAAAACAACCUGUGGAAAAUAUAUUGUGAGGAUUUGAAAUAUCUUACAUACUUGCAAGCCAAAUGGAUCUCUUAUUUGCACUUUGGCUGGUUACCAGAUAAUCACAGUGCGUUUACCCUGUGAAACAAAGAGUCUCAUAAGAAGAAUCGGGAUUCCCUGGCAACAUCAUGGAAAAAUGGCUUUACAAAAUGAGUCUUCUCAGUGAAACUUGGAAGAUCAUGAAGAACGAUCAACUGUCUUCUAACUUGGAACUACUGUUACUUUGUACCAUUUGAAAUAUAUGUAUAUAUAAUAUUUUGAAAUAUUAUAUAUUCUCUUCAAGAAAUGAACAGUACCAUGGUGUGAGGUGGCUGGUGUAUCCCUUUCAGUUUUGGAUGUUUGGUCGGUUUUGUUUUGUUUGCCAUUUCUUUUUCUCUCGGUGAGGAAGAUACAUCCCUGUGUGAGAAUCCAACAUGGCACUCUCCCUGGAAAGCCAGCUGCAGGUGGACUCCUGGAAUCUGAGGCAUCCUAACAAUACUGAGUCAAGAGCUUCCCUCUGUUUCUACCUGGUGACCCAAGGAAGCUCAUCGUCUUGUUUUAUUGCUUUCUACCCUGUGCAAUAUUAGCAUGCAAGCUUGGCUUACAUAACCAUACUUUAUAUUCAAUGAUAUAUAAUAACCAUUCUAACCUCUUCCAGGAAAAUAUUUUUAGAACUCCUAGCUUUUCCACAGAUAAGCAAAUGAGGAUUCUUGAGGGAGCUGCCCCUCCACACUUUAAGACUCUGGCAGGGUGGUAGGCUGUAGAUCCCUAUAUUAAUAAGUCCUGUAAAUACAAUGUCUUAGGGCUUUGUGUAGCUGUCAUAGACUGCAGACGUGUUCUCUGAUUAAAUCCAAAGUCUGGCAUUGUUAACUACGUAGUGCUGUAGUGAUGAGUCUCAUCAUGGCAUCUCUUUCUAUGUUUGAUUUUCUUUUUCCUAGAGUAUUCGAAUCUCCUCUGGUGAGAUAGGAAGGCUAUGAAAGCAAUUAGGUUUCCCAAUGAUCUAUGUGACCAAAUGUUGGACAGCUCUAUUAAAGUGGUAAAUAGCUUCUUUCUUAACCCACUUGUCCUCUGUGUCUGCCAUUUAGUUUUACAGACUAUGCUUUAAUCAAACCACAAGAACACCCUGUUCAUAUCUGUAGUUAGGAAGAAGGUCUGUGACACUAUGGACACUACUAUUUCCAACAAUAAUCUUUUGAAAAGUAGGAAUUCAAUAACAUGACAAUUACAAAGCUUCCUGUAGGUCAUUCUGAUAAUAUACAUAGGGCUCACCCACGCACCCUACCAGAAAAGUAAUUUUCCUUGUCCUUUUGGAGUUACUAAGCUAAGAGUAAACAUCUACUUAAGGUCUAGUUUUCCUGAGGAAAGUUUAAAUGGAACGUUAUCCUCUUGUUAACAUGUCAUCUAAGAAGAGCAGAUGUUGUGUUUUGUUUUCUUUCAAACUAUUCUCUGGCAUCUGUGUUGUUUGUGCCUCUUCUAAGUCAACAGCAUUGUGGUCCCUGAAUUUGAACAUAUUAGUAUCAAACCUGAAGUAAAAUUUUAAAAACCUGUAACUCUACCCAGACAGCCAGAAAUUUUGAUUCUAUAUCUUGAAGGCCUGUAAACAUCAUCUAGGAGUAGAAAUAGAAUCUUGAUUGUAAAAUCGAGACUUCCAAACAAGUCUGUGGAUAUUUGCUAAAAAUUCACACUAGUGCCCAGGUAUAGUGGCAAGUGAUUGAUAGCCAUUCCUUGAGAUUCCAGCACUUGAAAGAUGGAAAUGGGAGGAUUGUGAGUUCAAAGUUAGCCUGGAAUACAGAUUAGACUCCUGCCCCAAAAUGAAAGAAAAAAAGUCAUUCCAGAAGUCCUUCCUGAGUUUUACAAUACAGAUUCAAGUGCCAAACAAUACACUCUUUAAAACAAAACUACUUUCCACCUGUCAACUUUGGAUUAAAAUUACAACCAUAAACCCUGAGAAUUAUAUAUUUAAGGAAAAAACUAAAAUAGAAAUGUUUGUCAAAAUAGAAAUGUUUGGCAGAGAAUUUGGCAGCACCUUUAACACAACAAAAGACAGCACAGAACAGGAAAGUCAAGUUUGAAACAAAAAUAAAUAAAUAAAUCAGGAUUCAGACAUGUUGGGGACAUCACUUUGCUAAACUGGAUGUGAAAUGGGAGCCUACAAAAACUCACUUCUAGGCAAAUCUACCAAAACCAUAUUAUCAUAUCUUCAGUUGUUUAGGAAACAAGAAAAUCUAGGGUUUUGCCUAAAACUAAAUAAAUCAACUUCACUUAAUUGGCUGCAAAUGUUAUUGUAGUGUCACAUUCUGCAAAGGGUGAACUUAGCUCUGAUGUUAGAGUCCCGUGGACUCUUCUUCUACUAGCUUUGAUCAGAUGAAAAUCCAAUGAGAAGAAUGCAGGCUCUUCAAUUUGCAAAACCUUUCUUUGUAAGACAAUUCUGCUAACACACACAAUAUGUGAAGCUCCAGGAACUCUAACUCAAUGUAAGAGCUAGCCCUGAGGGCUACAUCCAUUAGCUCAAUGCUAUCCAUGGAUCCAUGCAGUAGCCUCCCUUAAAGAGACCUAGAGAAAGAAACCACAUCAGAAUCAGGCAGCCAUCCAAUAAGACAGUGCAAAUAUUUGUAAAUGUCAAAUUCAAUUUGGAUUCAUCCAAGCCCCUUACACAAAUGUGUGAACCAUCAAAUUGUGUUUAAAUUUAACUUGUUUAAAUUUGGGAAAUUCAGUCGCUACCAUCUGCCUACUGAGCCUGCACAUUUAUGGUGCACAAAAUUUUAUCGCAUGAAUAUGGUAAUAAAGGGAUCAGUGUGUAUGACUAAUAUCAAUUUUAAGCUUGUGCCCCACGUACCAUGAAAAAUGUGGUAACAUAAUUGGAAUAUACAUACAAAGUUCCAGUCAGAAUUCUGGUCUUGAUAAAAUUGAAAGUGAAGCUUGUUCAGAGAUUUUUGAAGUGAGUCAAGUUUAUUUGUUGAUAUUUUGGGGUGCUUGGAUUUACCUAUUCAUUGGGAAGUUGACUGAAUACUCAGCAUUUUCCAGCACAGAGUGACAAGUGCUUUCACCAACACACAGCCAACAUCUUUUCUUGAUUAAAUCAUGUAGCUUUCACAAAGCAAUACAGUGAUUUUAUAGUGCAAUAUAUUAUGUCACCUUGUCAUUGUCACUGAUACAGUAAAUUAUGGAGGUUAUAAAUAUUGUUUAUAGGAGUAGAAUCACCCGUUCCUCCCAUACAUGGAGUUUCUCUACUAAUUAAGUUUGGCGGUUCCAAAUCAAAAGCUCUUAGGGUUAGUUUGACACUGUUACAUGUCAUGUCUUUUUGCAUAAGCUAAGCAAGCAGGGUUAGUGUUUAGUAAAAUUGCAAGACAGAAGGCAUCUCCAUAUAUUUUCUAAAUAAAAGAACACAGCAGAAAAGACAGGAUUAAAGAAUGGGAGUAUUUGGGACAAGUGGCAUCGGGGUUGGAAUCUAAUUCCCUAGAAAUCACAGACUUUGUACAAAAAUGAUGAAAAGGAAUGAUGUUGAUACUUCAAAGUAAAUUAAGGAGGCCAAGAAUCAAUCUCUCUCUCCCUUCUUCCCUUCUUCCCUUUCCUUCCUCCCUCCUUCAAUCUUCCCCUUUCUUCCUCUCCCUCUCUCUUCCCCUCUCUUACUCCAUUCUCUCACACCCUAAAUUACCUAUUAAAGAUUUUGUGGCAUCUUUA